AUGAAGGGGUGCACCUGGGUAUUUGUGGCAACUUUACUUUGUCAGCAGUUUUGCCUCUUCAGAGUUACGGCAGCAAAGAGAGAGAGAAAGAUGAAGAAAGAACCUAAUCAGUAUACAGAGCCUUUCAAUGCUACCCUCUCAAACAGUGAAGAACUGCACGGGCAUCCCAAGAUCCUAGAAUCUCCAGAUCCUCGAAUCACAGAUCCACGGCGGACCUGGAUCUCCUUUGUUCACCGCCCAGAUGAUGGCAAUACCUCUAAAAGAAGAUGCAAAGGGAAAGACAAGAAAUUACGUGGCCUUGUUGGCCCCCCAGGACCUCCUGGCCCCCAGGGACCUCCAGGAGCACCUGGUGCUGAAGUCACCCGAGAAGUCCUUCUGCAGGAAUUUAAGGAGCUAUUAAAAGAAGCCAUUGAGCGUCGAGCAUCCCUGGCUAUUUCAGCCCAUCCUAGCCAGCUGCCUCCACUGCUGCUCUCCUUGGAGGAAGUUUCACCCCAGAGACGUGUAGAGGAGGCAUUCCAUUGCAAGCUAAAAGGACAAGUCAUCGUAGAUAAGAAGACCCUGGUAGAACUUCAGAACUUCCAGUCGCCUCUGGCCAAAGGAGCAUUUCUCCGGGGAACAGGAUUAAAUCUGGCAACAGGACGUUUCACAGCACCUGUGUCUGGCAUCUACCAGUUUUCAGCCAACGUCCACAUUGACCACAGUGAAUUGAAGAGUAAAGUCCAACUCCGAGCCAGAGAUAACGUCCGAGUGUUGAUCUGCAUUGAAUCUCUGUGCCACCGAUACACGUCUUUGGAAGUCAUCGCUGGUCUGGAAAGCAACAGCAAAAUCUUCACUGUCUAUGUCCAUGGCUUACUGCAGCUGCAGGCUGGCCAGUACACCUCCAUAUUUGUGGACAACAGUGCCGGGGCUCCCAUCACCAUUCAGAACGGAUCAGAUUUCAUGGGCAUGUUAAUGGGCGCGUAACAUCGUCUGCAGGGAAGGAGAGGAAUUAGAGCCUUGCAGUGUACAUUUGACUGAAGAAACCUUUACUUUGACUCUUGAAGACUGCUUCCUGUAACUGUUGGCAUCUUUUUAAACAAGCAAAGAGCCUUUGCUUUCACAGAUACUUCAGCUUGCUUUCAGAGGCUACUGCUUUUCAAGGUCCACACCAGUUCAUUCA